GGAAAGCACGCUCGUCGUUCACGACGAAGAAAAAAACGAGGAAACCACAAAAUGAGACUUUUUGCGAAUAUAAUGUAAUGUACAUCUUGGUAGUACUGAUAUAAUGUCUCAAAAGUCUUUAUCAAGCUGUAUGUUGACUUCGCUUCUCGCCUCUUCGUUAUUCGAAUGUCGUAUGUUGUAAAGUUUAAUAAGCAGCAAUCUUGCUAACCCGGAGUUGCUAGCCGGACGAGCAGUCAUCGGUGUCACAGAGUGGGCAACAAAAUCACGUUUUUACCAAAGUUCGCCGUCUUUUAUUCCACUUUGUCAUGAUAAGGCUGGUUGGCAUAUUCACGUCCCUUUGUUGCACCUUGCUUCCUCCACGCCGUUACCUUUUGACGAUGCAACGUUUUUUGACGAGAAUUGUCAGCCGCCUUUGGCUGAGCGAGCCGGUCGCGGCGGCGAUGACCACCGAAACACAACUGCACGAACAAGGGCGACGAAGGAUGGUGGUGGGCCUGGGAAACCCGGGCAUGGAGGGCACACGGCACAGUGUGGGCAUGGCGGUGGUCAGCGCCCUGGCCGCCCGUCUGUGCUUAGGCAAAUGUUGGAGCGGUGACAGGCAACUUUGCGGCGAGGUGGUAGUGGCGGACGCGCGCCGCCUGGUGUUGCUGCGUCCCCGAGUGCUGAUGAACGUCAACGGCGUGGCGGUGGCCAAAGCUGCCAGCAAGUACGGCGUCCAACCUGAGGACAUUCUGCUGGUCCAUGACGAGCUCGACAAACCUUUAGGAAAGGUUGGCAUCAAACAUGGAGGAAGCGCCAGAGGCCACAACGGUGUCCGCUCCUGCAUGGACUGCCUCCGCACCGAUGUGAUGCCCAGGCUGCGGGUGGGCAUCGGGCGUCCGGCGGGUAAGACUUCGGUGGAGCACCACGUCAUGGGCCGCUUUUUUGCGGAGGAGUGGAAAAUUCUGGACUAUGUUCUUGUUCAGAGUGUCGACAUUCUGAUGUCUCAGCUCGGCAAUCAAGAAGAAAAAUGCUCCUCAUCCUCCUCGUCAGCAGGGGGCAGAUGAGGGAAAGUGACCAGCAUAGAACCUCUGCGGACACACAUAAAACUACCUUUUGUUCACAAGCAGAUGGCGACGAGCAAUUUAGCAUCCAAAGCCAAUGUAGCACUACUUCCUGGUAAAUGUCAAAAACAAGAUCAGAAUCAGACUCAUCUUUAUUUGCCAAGUAUGUCCAAAAAACACCAGGAAUUUGUCUCCGGUAAUUGGAGCCACUGAUGGACUCAAAUAUACCACACAACAUCCAAAUCAAAGUCAUCUGUUUACAAAAACCUGCCAAGUCCUAGCAUGCCAACAGGAAGUAGCAACCUACCAGUGUAAAAGCUAAACAUGACUGGAUGUAAUUUUCGAUGACACUUGCCUUUCGUACACAAGUGUCAAGCAUGUGCUUGCUAGCAGUCACACAAGAUCUAAACCAAAGUCCUUUGUUCACAAAAAGUUGCCAAGAAUCCUAGUGUGCCAACAGGAAGUAGAAACCUACAAAAAUAAAAGCCAAACACACCAUCUCCAACUGUCACAACACUCAAAACACUGCUGUUUUUUGUUCAUAAGUGACGAGCAUCUGCUGGCGAGCACAAUGUAGCAGUACGAGAUCCAAAUCAAAUUCCUUCGUUCACAAAAAGCUGCAGAGUCCUCCACACACAAAGUAGCAAACCACCAAAAUAAAAGCGAAACAUGACUUGAUGUGGCGGCAUGGUGAGUGACUGGUUAGGCACUUCUGCCUCACAGUUCUGAGGAGCGGGGUUCAAAUCCCAGCCUCGCCUGUGUGGAAAUUGCAUGUUCUCCCCGUGCCUGACAGGUAGGCUUUCUCCAGGUACUCCGUUUUCCUCCCACAUCCCAAAAAAAAAAUGCAUGGUGGGUUCAUUGAAGACUCUAAAUAAAUUGCCUGUAGGUGUGAAUGUGAGUGCGAAUGGUUGGUUUUUAUGUGGCCUGUUAUUGACUGGUGACCAGUUCAGCGUGUACAGCGCCUCUUGCCCAAAGAUAACUGGGAUAGGCUCCAACACGCCCGCGACCCUGGCGAGGAUAAGCGGUAUAGGAAAUGGAUGGCUGGAUGACUUGACGUUAUCUCAGACUACCACAACACUUGAACAAUCGCCGCUACCGCUUGUUCACAAAUGACAACCAUAUGCUGGCUAGCAGUUACACAAAACCGAAAUCAGUCGUUUGUUCACAAAAAGCUGUUGAGUCCUCGUUUGUUCACAAAAAGCUGCUGAGUCCUACACUUUAGCAGUCUAUAUCUUCACUCAGUGCGACCUUCUGUCACAUCACAUUGGAGAUGGACUCAGAUGCACCCUGCGAGAUCCAAAUUAAAAGUCCUUUGUUCCCAAAAUGCUGUCAAAAGUCAACCCAACAGGAAGUACCAACCUAGCAAAAUAAAAUCAUUGCUAAACAUAAGUUGCCACCUCUAACUGGCACUGCACUCACUCUCCUCUACUCUUUGUUCAAAAGGGACAAGAAUAUGCAGGCUAGUAGUCACACACAAGAUCUAAUCGAUGCCUUUUAUUCUCAAAAAGCUGCUGAGAGUUAUCAACCAACAAAAAAGCUAAACAUUAUUUGAUAUCUCCCAACUUUACACGACACUUGCCUCGACCUUUUGUUCACAAGUGACGACCAUAUGCUGGCAUACUAGCUGGCGUGAGAUGCUAACAAUCAAGCUCUAGCGUCACUCAGUGCUACUACCUGUCAAACAUCACAAAAAAGAUCCAAAUCUUGAGUUUACAAAAUGCUGUUCAUAAAAAAGUGGCAAAUGAGAUGACAUUCUGCCUUUCUAUUGCUAGUGGUGGUGGUGAGUCAUAAAAUGUCAAGAGCAAGUAGCAACCUACCAAACAAAGCUAAACAUGACUCACUGUGACUAGUCAGCAAUCGCCCCCACCUUUUGUUCACAAAUUACAAACAUGCUGGCGAGCAGUCACAAAUCUAAAUCAGUUCUAGUGAGCCAACAGGAAUUAAAAUAAGUGCUAAACAUUUCAUCAAUCCAACUGUGAUGACACAGUCUACAUGUUCACUCACUCACUCCUACUUCCUGAGAAAGAAUACACCGCAGCUGUCACACAAAAUCCAAACAAAAGAACUUUGUUCAUCAAAAGCUGCAGAAAGUCCUGUCCUCAUGUUUUCAAUAAAAGUUUUUGUACGAAAAAGGUCAUCUUUAAGUUGUUUUUUUGUUAUUUUUUUCCCCCUCCUCAUUAACUUUUAAGGCCAGAGCUUUUAGAUAAAGGUGAAAUAAACCCACA